UGGUCGAUGCAGGCCAGCGGCUCAAUUGUGAAAACUCUCCCGACCAGCCGAAAAUGACCCUGACGGCUCGUCGAAUUCUCCAAGUUAUGCCUACGCCCAGCAUGGGGUGGGGCCCCAGAAAAGCCCCGUCUCGCUGACGAAGUGCGUAAAACGCUGUUGUUACAGUGCCAUGUCUUUCAUCAGCACAGCAGAUUCGACAAUGACUACUUUCUUUCACUCCAAUCGAACUUCAACGCAUUCCAGAACCUAGAGACACACUACGUCAACCGAAGCUAUGGCGGGAGCAACGAUAUGGUCAAGCCCAUACUUAUGGGCGAUUGUUGGCCUCAUCAGUAUCAGCAUAUAUCGCUUGUUGCAAGUAGGCAAACGCGACCCUCGAAUGCCACCCGGUCCACCAACCAUACCAGUCUUGGGGAAUGCUCAUCAGAUCCCUCGCACUGGCCUUUACAAGCAAUUUCGAGAAUGGGCCAAGGAGUAUGGCCCCAUCUUCAGUCUCAAACUUGGUCCCGCCAACGUAGUUGUGCUUUGCGAUCGAAAGGCAAUCCACAAACUCCUAGUAGAGAAGGGUGCCAUAUACUCCGAUCGUCCAGACAGUUAUGUCGGCCACCUGUUGACAAAAGGCGAUCAUCUGGCUAUCUCACAAAUGGACCCGCUUUGGAGAGAAAAGAGAAAGGUCAUUGCGCAUAACUUUUCCCCUAAGCCUCUGGAUGAGAAGCACUUCCGCGUGCAAGAAGCAGAAGCCACAAUCCUUAUGAAUAACCUCUUGACUAAUCCCGAGGACUUUUUCCAACAAAUCAAGAGGUAUACAGCGUCAGUCGUUAGCUCGAUCACGUAUGGGUAUCGUGGAGAAACCCCCGACUCGUUCUGGGCCCAGGGCGUGUACGAUGUUAUGGACAAGUGGACGGCCGCGAUGGAGCCUGGAGCCAAUCCUCCAGUGGACGAAUUCAAGUUCUUGCAAUGGGUCCCUGCCUCCAUGUCAUUCUGGAAGCGUCGAGCCAUCGAAGCUGGCUCCGUGAUGGACAAUGUUUGGGGAGAAGCACGACGGAGAAUUGACGAGAGGAGGGCAAAGGGCGAACGACGAAACUGCAUCAUUGACGCUCUCCUCGAUGAGUACGACAAGAAGGGAGGGAUGCCCUUCUCCAAACACGGAUUUGACAACCUCAUGGGUGAGCUGAUUGAAGGUGGUGCAGACACGACGGCAGCUCAGCUUCUUACUCUGAUUCUUGCUUUUGGGCUGUAUCCAGAAGUCCAGAAAAAGGCGAGGAAGGAAAUUGACGCUGUCUGCGGCACCGAGAGGGCUCCCCUAUGGUCUGAUUUCGAGAAGCUACCGUACAUCAACUCUAUCGUGAAGGAAGGAAUGAGGUGGCGGCCUGUUGCUGUAACUGGUCUACCUCACCGAGUCAGAGAAGAUGACUUCUACGAGGGCAUGUUCAUCCCUAAGGACACUACCCUUUUCCUACCUACCUGGGCGAUGCAUCACUCCGACAACAUCUACGCGGACCCGGAAACGUUCAACCCUGAUCGAUAUAUCAAUCAUGAAAAGUUGGCCAGCGACUAUGCUGGAAGUCCUGACUGGGCAAAUCGAGAUCACUAUAACUAUGGUGCCGGUCGACGCGUUUGUCCCGGCAUGCAUCUCGCAGAGCGCAACAUGUGGCGUAUUGCAGCGAAGCUACUCUGGGCUUUCGAAUUCUCUGAAUAUGUUGAUCCCCGAACUGGAGUUAAGACGCCAUUGGAUGCCCAGGCAUACAACCCAGGUAUUCUUCAAGCGCCACUGCCUUUCAAAAUCGCCAUCAAACCCAGAAGCGAGAAGCACAUUGAACGUAUCAACCAGGAGAUGUCGGAGGCACUGGACUUUUUGAAACAAUAUAGUUGAGAAGGUCCACGAAAGAGUUAUUGGAGAGUACUCUUGACUUUCGAGUGCACGUCACUUCUGGAGGAAUCUUUGCAUUUCUGAUGGUUGCAUUCAGUCAAACCAGAUCCCAUCGGGCCUCCGUGGCGUGUCAGCAUAAUUAGUCCGAGCCAACCACAAUUGCCCCGAAACUCAUAAUUCCGGGUGACCCAUGCUGCAAAGUCCCUCUGAAAUUCCAGGCCGGGUCGGAAAUACCCCUUAUAUCGUUGGGCUAGACCACGCUUGGACUCCCUGGUGGACACCCAGUACCUGAAAUCGUCCCAAUCGCUUGCUUGGGAGACGUCGCGGGGUC